AAAUAAGAGGUUCAAAUAUUCUUUUGGCAGUUAAUUGGUCUUUUUGAAUUAAAUCAUCUCAUUUAAUAUCUUAUAUCAUUAUUAUGCUUAUAUGCUAAUGUGGUCUAACAACAGCUGUUUGAUUAGAUUGUAGACCACCGCAACAUUUCAAAUUUGGAAUACUUGGGAUCUAAUGAUAACGAUUUUGAGACAAUUGCAGAAGAAAAGGAUACGAAAGGCAAAUAGUAAGUGGUAGAAAUAUGACUGCAGAUAGCAGUAUGAUCCCCGAAUAUCCAAAUUACAUUACACAAGAAAGUCGUUUGGCAUCGUUUAAUACGCCGGGGUGGAGAAGGACAUACAAACCGAAAGCAGUUCAAUUUGCUGAAUACGGAUUUUUCUUCACAGGCAUUCGUGAUUUAGUACGCUGCUAUCAGUGUGCUGUUGGAUUGGAAGGCUGGGUAAUCGGAAAUGAUGUCCUCAUUAUACACGUGGAAAACUCACCAUCGUGCAAUUUCCUCGGACAAAAGUUUGGACACAAUGAAAUAGAUCGUUUCAAGUUGGCGUUGGCAUUUGACGACCGUCUUGAAAGACAUCUACCAUACCAAAUCUGGUCACCGAGAUAUCAGACAAUGAAAGCAAGAGUGGCUUCAUUUUUUAAUUGUCCACAAUUCAACGACAUUUCUCAUCAUGAGCUUGCAGCGGCAGGAUUACAUUUUACCGGAAGGGGAAAUGAGUGCCGAUGUUUCACAUGUGAUGGGGGUUUCAGAAACUUGAGGUCUUGGCAUGACCUUUUCGAAGAACAUAGAAACAUUUUCUCUGGCUGUCCAUACAUCAACCAGCUGAGAGGAUCGACAUAUUACAUUGCUUGUUUGUACCACGUUCUUCGUCCGCUCGGGUUUGCAAAGGCGGAAGUGAUGACAGGCAAAGAUGUACUAGCAAGAAAAGGAAACAAGUUUCCAUCAGCCGAAGAAAUUGCGAAUCUUUUGCUUGACAAAAUAGACUAUAAGAAAGUGGUGGGCAUGUAUACAACAAAGUUGGUAGAAGAACUUUCUCCAAACCAGCUUUUAGAUAAAUUUCUUGAGUGUGGAUAUUUCACAUAUUUAGAAUGUCGAGAUAUGUACCGUUUUUGAUUAAUUGAAUAAUACACUGGAAUACCUGUAGGCUACUAAUACUGUGUUUUGUCUUCAAAAAAAGAUUGUAAUCAAGAAUUCUUUUCAGUAUGUUACUUGUGAAAUAACUAUCAUAGUUGCAGUCUGCAAUAUAGAUAACUGUUAUUCGAAAUUCCUGAUCAUGAAUAUAAAAUGAAAAGUGUAUAUCAGUCAAAACAAUAUUACUUGUCUUCAAAAUAGCUUCACAUUAUCAUUUCAAAAUAGUUUCUUGAAAUAAUUUGAGUUUAUUACUAAUCAAUAUAUUACAGCAUUUAACAUUUACCUGAAAUACAUUUUUAAAGGAAUUACAAAUUACGUCAGAUAAAAACAGAAAAAUAGUUCACAUGGUGAUGACAAAAGGAGAAGAGGGAUAUGAGAAGUUUAAAUCAUGCCUGAGACGAUGUGGUCAAGGACAACUUGCUGAUUUGUUAGAGACAAAAGAAUAUCAACGUCAUCAUUUAAAUCAUUAAUAACAAUAAUACUGCGAUGACUUUUUAACCUGUUUGAAAUUGUUUUUGUUUAUUAUGCCGUAAAAGUAAAUGAAAUACGUUUGGUCUUCAAAUUUAGACUGCAUUAUCUUCAUAUUAGGCCUAUAUCAUUUUGUGCAUUUUGCCUGAAUUUAGAAUCUAUAUGUUCUUUUUUUCUCAUACAAAGUCAGUUGGUUCUGGUGGUUUUGGACAGCUAGUGUAUUUCUUUUGCAUAAAGACUAUAGAGCACUUUGUUUCUUUAAAAACAUAUAAAACUUUUAUUGAAAUAUUAUAUAAAUGACGAUGAAGACGCUUAACCUUACGAGCUAUGGAAAAGAUUUCAAACAUUUACAAACAUAAUUCCACAUUAAACUCUGUACAUUAUAUAUAUA